GGAGGUGGAAAGGCCUAAAUCAAACGCAGAGCGUGUUCUGCACACACACACACGCACACACGUGUGUAUAUGUGUGUACAGGCUUAGAAUACUCCCACAAAUGCCUCUGUUUCCCAAUAUGUGACCUGUGGGCAUUUGUCUCCUCCCUGGCCCGCCUCCGGCCGCUGACAAGCACACCUCUGUUCAGAGACCCAAGGGUGCCAGACCUGGGCGAGGUUGGAUCUGGAGCCAGCCCAAACACAGAAGAGCAAGUAUGAGCCCGGCAACUGGAAGGAGAAGGGAAGGGAGCCAAAGGCGAUCGGCCCCCGCAGGACGAGCCUGGACAAGCUGGGUGCUCCCAGGUGGGACCCCACCCACGUUGGGUGCCUUCUUGAGAAGACAGAGGAGAGGGAAUCCCAGUCUUUCUUUGCAGGCACUCUACAUCCACAGGGAAGUGACCUGACUCUGACCUUGGACUUAGAGGGGAAAAAAGGUGGUGGAAAGGUGAGAAAGGGACCUUCUGGGGUCUGGUUGGAAGAGGGACUGGAGUUGACACUUGUAUUUCCAUGGAGGAAGGGGCCGGGUCUGAGAUGUUCAGGUUCCUUUUGGGUGCUGGUUUCGCUUCCCUAACCUGUACACUGUGAAGGGACUGCCCUGGGUUCUGACCUCAGCCAUUCUCACCCCAGGGUGAAGGUGGGUCCAGACCCGCCCCUCCCCAGCUUCCUAUAAGGGCAGAGGACCUGGGACUGCAGACACAGACACCAUGAGACCAUCCACGAGACAGAGGACCUUUCUGCUGGCCUUCACACUGCUCUGCAUCCUCUUGGACCUUGGAAACCCACUAAGCUGCGAGGUGUGCAAGAGCCCAGGACACACGUGUAGCGGGAAAAUGAAGACGUGUGAGGCCGGCAAGGAUGCAUGCAUGAUUCUCGUGGGGGAGUCCAGCACAAAGGGUCACAAGUCCGUGAACACUUUAAAGGCUUGCAUGAAGUUCAGAGACUGCUACUCAGGCUUCGUGUCCACCACCAUGGGCCCCGAUGACUACAUGGUGUCCAAUGCGCACUGUUGCCAGAGCGACGGCUGCAACCGUGGAUCUGUGCCCCCUCCCCAGAACAAUCGGACAGAGAACGGCCUGACGUGCCCCUCCUGCAUCGUGCCCUUCCAGGAGACCUGCCCGAAAACAGAGGCCGCCCGCUGCGUGGGCAAGGAGACCCACUGCAUCUACUUCGCUGGCAGCGUCCAGGCUGGAAUCUUCAACGCCAAAUUUGCCACCCGAGGCUGUGCCACACAGAGCGCCUGCCACACCAAGGUGGGGGCCGAAGUGCCCUCGCCCUCCUACCUCUACUUCCUCCGCCGGGCAGACUGCCUGCCAGCCUCCCACUCCCGGGGCCGGGCCAAGUGAAUGUGUGGCCUUAGGUCCUCCUGUGUCCCAGCGCCCCCCCCUCCCCCGUGCCUGUAAAUUAAAACCCA